AUGUCUCCUGCUCUCGACGAAAACACCCCCAACUCUCCCAGUACCCUACGCAACAUGUCUAACGCCAACGGUGAAUCUAACGGUGUUGACCACCGUGAGUCUCUCGCCAUCCCCGGCACUGAGGAAGGCAAUGGUCCUCAAGAGAUCCCCGCUACCCGAUCUUCCAUCUCGGAGGCGGCCAAGUACAUGCACACACUCAGCGUGUCUCCCUCCAUGAGGGACCGACGAUCCUCCCGCAACUCCUUCGGUACUGCGCUGCCCAUCCCCCGCAAGCGUCAGUCCCGCCUCUCCUCCGUCCACCAUGCCGACGGACGCCCCACCCGACCCGGCAUGCCCCCGAUCCAGCCUACCCGUGAGCUCCUCGUCGCUCAGGUUCAGGACCAGAUGGCCGACAAGGUCAAGAAGGCCAAGAACAUGGCUUUCGCCUUUGACAUUGACGGUGUCCUUGUCCACGGUGACCGUCUGAUCCCCGAGGGUAAGAAGGCUCUCGAGAUCCUCAACGGAGACAACGAGCUCGGCAUCAAGAUCCCUCACAUCUUCCUCACCAACGGAUCUGGUAAGAUCGAGAAGGCUCGUUGCGAGCAGCUCGAGAAGAUUCUCGGCAACCCUGUCAGCACCGACCAGUUCAUCCAGUCUCACACUCCCAUGAGUGCUCUGUCCGAGUACUACAGCACCGUCCUUGUCGUCGGUGGUGAGGGUUACCGCUGCCGUGAGGUCGCUGAGCAGUACGGCUUCCGCAACAUCAUUGUCCCCAACGACAUUGUUGCCUGGGACCCUACCAUUGCUCCCUACCGCGUCUUCACCGAUGAGGAGCGUGCCACCUCUCGCCCCCGAGACUUCACCAAGAUCUGCAUUGAGGCCAUCAUGGUCUUCUCUGACUCGCGAGACUAUGCUACCGACAUGCAGAUCAUCAUGGAUGUCCUCCGCUCCAAGAACGGACGUCUGGGCACUGUCGCUGAGGACCCCGUCGCUGAGCGAGUCCCCAUCUACUUCUCCCAGGGUGAUCUUCUUUGCCCUACUGAGCACCCUACUCCCCGUAUGUCUCAGGGUGCUUUCCGCAUUGGUCUCGAGGCCAUGUACAAGGCUCUUACCGGUGCCGACCUCGAGCGUGUUGUCUACGGUAAGCCCGAGUUGGCUACUUACAAGUACGCUGAUGAUGUCCUCACCUCCUGGAUGGGCGAGCUCCACGGCGAGGAGCGUCUUCCCGAGAACAUCUACAUGAUCGGUGACAACCCCGCCUCCGACAUUGUCGGUGGAAACAUGUACGGCUGGAACACCUGCCUUGUCCGCACUGGUGUCUUCCAGGGUGGUGACAACGACGAGAACAACCCCGCCAACUUUGGUGUCUUCCCCAACGUUCUCGAGGCUGUCAAGAAGGCCAUUCGCGCUCAGCUGGGUGAUGACUUCAAGUGCUACUUUGACGAGAAGAUCAACCCCGUCCUCCACGGCGACGCUAACGACGCUGCCGCCGUUGUCUAA